AUGAGCGGACUCGUCAAGUUCCGCCGAAUAAUCUUCACCCGACAAGUCCUCAUCCCCGUCGCGGCCGUAUACCUCUUCCUCUUCCUAAUUUUGGGGCCAUGGUCACCACGCUGGGCCUCCUCCUUCUCCCCCUUCACCGAACCCCCUAAGAAAGGCCCUAUUCGCCAGUCCACCAACUUCAAACCACCACCUCCGCUACAGGGUCGUGUCCCGUGUUAUGGGCCUCGUGGCCAGUUCCUGUCGCGCAGUCCUGAUGACGAGUUGAAGGAGGAAAAGCUCGAUGUUGCCUAUCCCCAGCCCUUCUGGGGCUCAUAUGCGACCAUCGGCCUCGAGCAGACAUGGAUGACGAUUGACGGACGAUACGGACCCUACGGGUACGGCGAGGAGGACAAGUCGUACAACAGAUCCAAGGUCGACUGGAACAAGAUCAACUGGGGCAAGCUCCAGAACGAAUGCUUCGAGAGGAACCGCCAUCGCUUCCCCACCUCGGCUACCCCUUUCGACAACACUCUUCAGAUGGUUCGGCUCGGAUAUAGAAACGCGACGCGCAUUCCCGAGACUCGCCAGUGGCACGAGUUCAAGAACACGAGACGAACAGCAAUUAUCGUGCGCGCAUGGAGAGGAUACGAUUGGAAGUCUGAGGAUAUGCAGAACCUUCGCUCGCUGAUCGUUGAGGCGUCCUUGAGGACAGGAGGAGAGUAUCAGGACUAUCAACCGUACAUUUUCGCAUCGGACGAGAAUUAUGAAAAGGCUCUGAGCGAGCUUGGGCUUCCCGCCGAGUUCCGCGAAAUCGCAGUGUUAUGGGAUGAUCGUCUGCUGGAGAGCUGGUAUCCGGAUAUCGCAGAGCACAGAACCAUGUGGCAGGUGUACCAACCAGUCCAGCUCUUCUCACUCCACUACCCCGAGUUUGACCACAUCUGGCAAGUUGAGCUCGACAUGCGCUUCACCGGUGAUGCUGGCAAGUUCCUCGACAAGAUGUCCGACUUUGCGCGCAAGGAGCCGCGCAAGCAGGCCUUCGAGCGCGCCAUGUUUCAGCAGAUGGAGAACAAGAUUGGAGACUACAAGAACUUUUCCGACGCGGUCAACAGGGCUAACAAGGGUGGGGCGUACAUCUGGGGCCCUCUGAGCAUUCCCGACAUCGAUCCCAUCGGACCCGCGCCACCGACUGAGCUGGCGGAAAACGAGGACUUCAAAUGGGGUGUCGGCGAGGACGCGGAUGUGAUCGUUACGUCGGCAUGCAACAAUGCGCAAAAGGCCGAUGCCUGGGUUUUCAAGGGAUGGUUAGGAGGCUUCAAGGAUGGAACCAGCACGCCUCGCUUUUUCUGCCCACCCGCGAUUACCAGGACCAGCCGGACACUUCUACUCGCCAUCCACGAGGCGCAACUAGUGAAGGGACUGAGAGCACCCAGCGAAGCGACACCGUCCAGCUUUGCGCUCUGGCACGGUCUCAAGCUGAGCUUCCCUCAGCACCCCGUGUUCUGGAAGAAUGAGCACGACGACGAGACGCAAAACGCCUGGUGGAAGGGCGGACCGGCCAACAGCACCGAUGGCGUCGGCCCCAACCUGUGGGAGCACCCAAGAGGCAUGGGAUUGACCUUUUGGUGGGAGAGCGAGUGGCCAAGGCAAAUCGUUGAUGCCUGGAUGGGCAAGGAGCUGCCCAAUGAUGUCGCCCACCCCUGGCUCAUUGUCGAAAAGGACGGCAAGAGAUAUGCCCCGAACAUGAUGAUGCACCCCAUGAAGCACUACCAUGAAUGA